AUGACCCGACCUUUUUCAAAACGGGGACAUUUCCGUGAUUAUACAGUGGUCCCCACGGACCCAGAACAACAACAAAACUCUAUUUUUAGUUCUCAAGAUCAAAAUCAAUCUUCACAAAUGCCAUAUGAUAAAAAAAAAUUGGUGAAAUCAUAUGUUCUAGAAAGAUUCUCUUUGGAAGAUAAAUCAAUUCAAUAUCCAUAUGCUGUUCAAGAAAGGGUACCAAUGUGGAUGGCAUUUGUACUAAUUGUUCCAUUAAUUACGAUGAUUAUAAUAUCACUUGGAGUCCAAAGAAGCAUGCACGAUUGCCAUCACGCAAUUCUUGGAUUACUUUUAGGAUGUUCUUUGACUUUGGCAGUGACUGAAGUAUUCAAAAGUACUGCAGGUCGUCCUCGACCAGACUUUAUCGAUCGAUGUCAACCAGUUAAUGGAUCAACUGAUGCCACGGUUUAUGGUCUUAGUACUUCAGAUAUUUGUACACAAACUUCUCAUUCUAUAUUGAAAGAUGGAUUUAAAAGUUUUAUUUCUGGUCACUCUUCAACCAGUUUUGCAGGAAUGGGUUACCUAGCACUAUAUUUGGCUGGUAAAUUACAUGUAUUUGAUGGAAAAGGUUACACCUAUAAAGCAUUCAUAGUAGUUGGUCCGUUAGUUGUUGCUACUUUAGUUGCUAUAACUCGAACAAUGGAUUAUCGUCAUCAUUGGCAAGAUGUUAUCGCUGGAAGUUUCUCCCUUACCUUCUUUUCGUAUCGCCAAUAUUACCCCCCUUUAAAUUCACAUAUUUGCCAUCGACCUUACACUGUAAGACUUAAAGAAGCCGAACCAGAUCAUACUGCAGAUUUUUCAUUUCAUGAUGGGUCAACAUUUAAAGUUUGUGUGACUCGUAAGAGCGGUGAAAUUAUACACCAAUCUAAUCAUAAAACGAAUCCAACAAUUUCUGAAGAAUUAAAUCAAAUCGUAUAA